CAAUUAGUUGUGGUAACUCAAUAUUUUAACAUAGUACAACAUCAAAAUGUUUUAUACACUUUUGACUUGCUAGUUUAAUUUUAUUUGAUUAUUUUUAAAAUGUUCAGUAGUUUUGGAUAACAACCGCUUGUAAACUUAAAAGCAUAAAUCCCUAUGAAAUGGAUAUUUCGUCUCAACAUGAAUCUCAACCAUUGUUAAAUCAAAAAACUUCAAAUCUAAAGAAGAACCAUAAAUGGUUUAAAUGGUUUGUCAGUGGGAUUUUUUUUGUAUUAUUAUUCCUUGGAGUUUUUUAUCUUUUAUAUUUCAACAUUAAGUACGAAAACCCAUCAGCUUCUAGUUACAUUACUAAGACAAGAAAUUCACUACAUAUUUCAAGUAUUGCAACCACAAAUGAUGAUUAUAUAAAGCAAUGUGCUCCUAAAGUGAAAUGUGAUCCAACCGCUAAGUACCGAAACAUAAAUGGAUCAUGUAACAAUUUAGAAAUACCUACGAGAGGAGCAGCAGAAACGCCAUUUUAUCGUUUGCUUAACGCUAAUUUCAGUGAUGGUUUUUAUAAAUUUCGAUUACAAACAAAUGGGAGUGUAUUACCAAGUACAAGAGUAAUCAACAUUCAAAUGUUUCUGAAUCGAGAAAUAUACCAUAAUGAUGAAAAUAAUGUGCUUUUAUUGCCAUUUGGACAAUUAUUAGCUCACGACAUAUCAGGCCUGUUCCUUGAUAUUCCAAAAAAAGAAAACGAUGAAAUAAUAGAUGGUUGUGUCGACGAAAAUGCAAGAAAAACAUUUACUCAGUGUGAAAUGGUAGUCGAAAACCCACCCGAUGACCCUGUUUAUAGUAAGCAUAACAUAUCUUGCAUGGGGUUAUUCCGUUCGUUAACGUCGAGGAAUUACAGCUGUCCAUUAUUCCCAACAACGUUUAUGAACAACGAUACUCAUUUUAUCGACGCAUCUGAAGUGUAUGGGUCGGAUGAAAGUUAUUCACGGCAUCUAAGAAUGAUGGAAGGCGGACGACUUAAUUUCUCGACUAGCGAAAAUGGGCAAAUGUUCUGUCCAUACUUAUUCAGUACACAUUUGGCUCUUACCGUACAUGAAAAAAACGAUACCGUAUAUGAUACAGGUGAUCCGGAUAAUGGAAAUCAAAAUUUAGGAAUAACAGCGAUGCAAACAUUAUUCUUAAGGUAUCAUAAUUAUAUCGCUUUUAAACUUUCGGCUUUAAAUCCUUAUUGGUCAGAUGAAAUUCUUUAUCAAGAAUCACGCAGAAUAGUUAUUGCAACUAUUCAACGCAUCACAUACAAAGAUUUCUUACCUAUAAUUAUCGGAGAAGAUUUUCAAGAAAUAUAUGGAUUAAAUGAAGAGAAUAUUUAUAACCCUUCUAUUAAUCCAUCUACAUCUCAGGAAUUUUCAAGCGCUGCUAUCCGAAUUCUUCAUUCACUUAUACCCGUUCAAUUCAAUUUUAUGAAUAAAGAUUACAAAACAGAGUUUUCAGUUAAUAUUACGGAUUGGAUGAGACAAUCAAACUUAAUACCAAUAAAAAAUAAUUUUGAUAAAUUACUCAAAGGAUUUUUGGAGACACCUGGGCGAAUAAUUCAGCCUUCGUACAAUUAUUUUAUAUCCAACUAUAUGCUCGCUAAAUUUAAAGAGCCUCCAUAUACAGGACGUGAUUUACUAGCCAUUGAUAUCGUUAGGGGUCGUGAUGUGGGGUUACAGCCAUACAAUUAUGUCAGACAUUUUUGUGGACUGCCGUUGGCGAAUGAUUUUGAAGACUUAGUAGAUCUAAUACAUAUAAAGGAUAUAAUGAAACUAAAAGAGCUUUAUAACUCAGUGAAUGACAUCGACUUAAUGGUAGGUAUUUUAUUGGAAAAACACAGUCUUGGUGCAAUUGUGGGUCCUACUGCGCAAUGCAUAAUUGCCGAUGGUUUCUAUCGUUAUAAAGCUGGUGAUCGAUUUUUCUACGAUGUACAGGGACAACCCGGAAGUUUUAAUAAAAAUCAAUUAAAUGUAAUUCAGAAAAUUACUCUUGGCCAUGUUAUUUGUGCUACUACAAAUGUGGAUCACGUACAAAGUGACAUUUUUAAAUUAGUCGAUCACAAUUUAUUUCCAACAAGCAAGCUAAAAUGUGACGAGUUCUAUUUAGAUUUUAAGGAAUGGCAAGAAUCAAAUGACUCUACAGAGUUGUAAUCAAAUCAAGUUAAUUUACUACAGAUGAUUUACUACUUAUAGUUUUU